AUGUCAAAGUUCGUGCAUAAGGUCAAGGACGCAAUGACGGAUGAUAGGAAGGAUACAAACCAAGCCCCUGGCUACCGAGCUCCCCAGGAUUACCAUGGAACAUCGAACAUCCGCGCGGCUGAAUCGAAUCCUAAUCAACCAAACCCCCCGGGAAUGAGCGCUCCUUCUGGCCUGGGCCCUAAUAAUCCUUACGGCUCUCGUCACCGCUCUGAUGAUGACCCUGGUACCUAUCAGGAUUCCAAGUUGAAUGAUACGCGCAGUUCAUCAGACCCCGACAAUUAUGGAUCAAUGGCAUCGGGUGGAGAUACUUCCACCAGAGCCACAAGCGCUGGCUCAGGUAACGUGAAUGCCGGAUCUUAUGAUUCGACCCCACCAAAAGCCAUGAAUGCUCCCGUGGGUAGUAAAAUCGACGAUCGCGGUCAGCGUCUCGGAGCUACGAAGCCCGAAAUGUCUGGCAAUGCCCCUACCAGCAUGAAUCCCCAGGGAAAUUCUCCCACCCAAGGUCUUGAUAACCACACCAGUAGCCAAGAUGAUUAUCAGAAAUCUACCCAGGAGAAGAAACACCAGUCCCGACCCUCGGACAACUUCGACCAAACUGGCCAAUCCACUAGCGAGGAAUCCCACGAGACCUCUACUCAAGAGCACAAAUCUCACUCAGCUACUAGCCACGUCACUCAAUGCGACCCGAAAAUGCCAAACGAGCCGAGAUUUGGCGGCAGUGCUGCGAGCGGUAGCAGCAACGCCCAAGGUGUCGGACAACAGGCUGACCGUCUAGACGCUGAUCCUCUGAGCAAGGUUGAUGCCAGAGUAACUCCACAGAGUGCGCAACCUGGGUAUGCUGACCAGCGGAGUGGAUACUAG